GCGAGAGUCCGACUCGGCCGCGCAAGCGAGCAGCAUCUGGUGGUGUUGUGGCUGUGCUGUGCUGCAUCUCUGCUCUCUCUCUCUCUACUGGAGCUUUUUGUCCUCGAUUCCCGCGCGCGCUUCUACUGAUGCUGCUGCUGUAAGCGAGAGCUGUAUAAUAUAAUAAUAUAUAUGUAGAGCGUUGGAAAGUCCUAUAGUGCGCACGACGACGAAACACGUGUCUCUCGCGCUUUUUUCCUCUCUCGCCAUCCGUGUGAGUGUAUGUGUAUACAAGUGUGCUUUUUUCGCGUAGUGUUUUACUAAUCCAUCGAUAUCAAUUAAAUAUUUGUUAUAAAAAGUGUACAUGCAGCUGGACUGCGUGUACGCACGAGUGCAACGUCGUUGUUUUUGUUGUUAGUUGUUCAGUGCGCGAUCGCGUGCAUAUAGUGUGACGUGCAGCAGCAGGUGGUGCUUAUUAUAUAGGAGAUAGGAUACAUUGAGAUAGUAGUGUGCUGCACUGCAUAGUAUACAGAGAAAAGCCCCAGCAGCAACUGGUAUAUCGGUGCUUUUUUUUUAUCAAUCGAAUCAGAUCAUGUAUUGGAAAUCGACGAUUCGACUAUUGUGCCUGGUCGGCCUGGCCAGCGCCAUCGCCGAGGACGCCUACGUCAAUCAGUGCAGCGAGCUCAAAGCUCAGGAGCACUUGGACCUCAACGAGAUGAUGGGCAAGUGGUACGUGGUGGAGGUGAUCGAGCACAGGCGCGAGGCGAGCUGGGCCAGUCCGACGCUGCCCUCGGGGGCGCAGCAGCACUUCGUGAUCGACGCCUGCCCGAUCGUGCAUCUGCGCGCCCUGGAGACGCGCGGCGGCGGCCGCCAGCAGGCGGGACCGCCGCGAAUCAGUCUGCUCUGGGACGAGGCCGCGGGCAAUCUCGAGUACACCUUCUGGGUGUCGCAGAACCGGGGGCCCGGCGUCUGGAACUCCGACAUCAUACAGAACGGAACGCUGACCCACAAGUCGACGUACAAGCAGUUCGUGGGCACGGUGCACGUGAUGAAGGCCGUGGCGUCGCACAUGGUCGUCACCUUCUGCACCCGGGGCGGCGAGGGCCACAUGUUCUCGCUGCUGCUCGGUCGCGAGCAUCGACUGCCGAAGAACGACCUGCGUGGCAUUCGCAAGCUGCUCGAGCGAAGAAACCUCCAGCUGCUGGUCACGAGGGAGAGCUGCCACAACACGGCGGCGACCGUGGCCUCGUCGACGUUUAUUCUCCAGCUGCUUCUGUUCUCGAUCCUCCCCGUGCUCGGUUACAAUCGAUACUUCGUCGAGUGAGAGAGAAGAACUCGUACAUCUUGGCGCUCGCGGGAGAAAUAAUUCGUAUAAGCUUCGACCAUUCGUAUGUAUGAUCGUUCAGGGGGAAAAUUUUUGUUUUCCAACUUUGUUUUUUUUUUUUUUUUAUCAAGAAGAUCAAAAACUCAUCGUGUCGUAGACAGCAAGCUAGUCCAAUAGACUUAAGAUCGCUAGUUAAGUAUAAAUGUGUAAUUGCCAUAAACUUUGUUAUUAUACAAUCUUUACAAUAACGUAUGCGCACUGGAAGUAAAGUUACAACGUGAAAACGAAAUCCAGAGCUUUUGAUGCAGAUCAAUGUAAUUCGUGUGAACUCAUACAAACUUGUGACGUACUAAAGUUGCUUUUGAUUAUCUUGCAUUCAGUCUUAGAUUAGUAUUUAAGAAAUGAGUCUUUAAUUAGAGAUAUCGAUUAAGUUUAAUUUCUAUUUUAUAUAUAAUAAAAACUUUCAUUCAAUAGUUUUUUUUACUCUAUAAUUACACACGACGACCAAUUUUAUAUAUAUUUUUACGAGUGUCAAUUGAAUUGAACUUUUUUAUACUGUACCAAGCACGAAGUCAUGAGAGCACAAUUUUAAAUUUACGGAACAAUUGUCAUUAAAAGACAAUUAAAAAAUCAUAACGAAAUUGAGUGAUUUAUAUCAUUUUCUGUGCUAUAAGCUAACUUUUUUAAAACAUUUGCGAAGUUUAUCACGAAUUAACAAAUCGUCCUUAUGUUGUCACACUUUUUAAGCCUUUUCUACAAAAAAAGUACUUGUUAAGUAGUUGAACUGUUUAAUAAAUGAUUGAUUUAACCAAAAUUAAGUAGUUAUUUAAAUGAGAUUGUGCUUUUUUCAUAGAUGUUGACAGAAAAGAAUAGUAAGAGAACUAAAACCAUUUAAUCAGUCGUUAGAACGUGUAACAUAAUUUAUAAUAAAUAUUUAUAUUUAUAAAGAAUUUAAAAUUUUAGUAGCCAGUAAUACCAUCUGAUAUUUAAUAGAUAUAAUACUAAGCAAUUUAUUUAUUUCAAACUAGAAUUUUUUGCCUCGUACGCGACUGGCUGAUGCUUGAGCAAAUUACGCCAUCUAAUAGUUCAUUUGAAUUUCAAUAAGGGAAUUUACUAGAAAGCUGUAAUUUUUAUUUGAGAUAAUUUGGUGGAUGAUUUAAUU